AUGACUGGCUAUAAACCUGUUGACACACCUGUGGGGCAUAAUGUAAAAUUUGGUGUUACAAACAACGGGGUUCCUGUGAGCAAGGAAAGACCAGACAUUUCAUAUGCAGUAAGCGUUGUGAGCCAGUUUAUGCAAGCUCCGUAUGAGGAAUAUAUGAAUGCAGUUGAGUGUAUCCUUCGAUAUUUGAAGGGAACCCCUAGUAAGGGCUUAAUGUUUAAAAAAUCUGGGAAAAGAACGAUUGAAGCCUAUACAGAUUCUAAUUGGGCAGACUCUGUUAUUGAUAGAAAGUCAACUUCUGGAUAUUGUACCUUUGUCUGGGGUAACCUUUUCACUUGGCAAAGUAAGAAACAGGGAGUAGUGGUGAGGGCUGAGUACAGGGCAAUGAAUUUGGGAAUAUGUGAAGAAAUCUGGUUAAAUAAGGUGUUGAUUGAUCUUUACCAAGACAGGGAACUUCCAGUGAAGUUGUUCUAUGAUAAUAAAGCUGCAAUAAACAUUGCGAACAACCCAGUUCAGCAUGACAGAACCAAACAUGUAGAGAUUGACUGA